GGACAUCUAAGAUAGAUCAUAUCUUACCUUUGCAACAUUCUAAACUCACCAAUUCUAAAUUUUAUUCUUCCGUUCAUAUGAAAGUAUCAAAAAGAUGCCUCAACAAAUUUCAUAUCGUCCCAUUUCAGACUCUCCUAACACGAAAUAUCAACUCAUAUUCUUCAUCACAGGCAAUCCAGGAUUGAUAGGCUACUAGUAUUUAUGAUAUCCCGGUCCUAUGUUCCUUCGUUAACUCCUCUGAAGCUCAUCUUUUCUUUCUACCCUCAAUGAUCUCCUCUCUUCCUCAUCCAUAAAGGAUGCGAAUACAUUCCAUAUCUUUGGUCAAUCCUUAGCUGGCUUCGAGACUGAUGAUGUUCCCUCGGGUUCUACCAAACAAAGUCCAUAUUCAUUAGAACGACAGAUAGAUCUUGUUCAUGAUUGUCUUCUAAAACAAAUAAGUGGCUCGCCAAUAUCAUAUCAGAACGUGAUCCUGAUUGGACAUUCGGUAAGUUGCCCAAAUCCCAUGAAAUAUCACUCUAAUGUCGCAGGUCGGGUCAUAUAUUCUUCUAGAAACCCUUACCAAACUUAUCGCACCUUCGACCGUCCCUUCCAUAUCUGCAAUUUUAUCAGGAAUCCUUCUCUUCCCAACUGUUACGCAUAUCUCCCGCUCUCCUUCAGGAACCAAACUCACGCCGUUAAUGUCAAUUCCAAACUUUCCGGUCUUGGCAUCUUCCACUGCUAAAAUGCUUCUUUAUUGUGCUCCGAACGUGGUCCUAGAUUUCCUCGUAAAGACAAUUACCGGAAUGCCAGAGGAGGCAGCAAAAGUCACCACAAGCUUUUUAAGAAGUAAAAAUGGUAUAUGGCAAGCUUUGUAUGUUAUGUGCUCUCAAAUGGUGAUGGUACUGAUUAAUUGUUCAGACAUCUUGCACGUGAUGAAAUGAACACUAUAACAGAAGAUAAAUGGGAUUCGGAAAUAUGGGGUGUUGAGCAUUCUGAAUCGUCUCAAUCAAAUACUUCUCCUCCCAAACUAAUCUUUUAUUUCGGUGAAAAUGUGAGUUUAGCUUUUUUUGGCAUCCAAAGAGCAACUGUGGAUACAUACUAAGAGAUAAUAGGAUCACUGGGUAGCAUCUCACACUCGCGAUGCGCUCAUUGCUGCACGAGCUUCCCCUAUGCCAACGCCAGCCUCUUCUACCUCUUCGUUUUCAAUCAAGGAAACUAAUAAGCCUAUAAUGAUGAUUGAUAAAGAGGGAAUUGAUCAUGGGUUUUGUAUCAGUGAGUACUUGCACGCUUUCUUCACUUGCACGCUUUCUUUUGUAAUUUUGUCUUGUGAUGUGAAAUAUUAAGGCAAACACUGUGCUGAUUUAACAUGAUGUAGACCACAGUGAAACUAUGGCGGCAAAAGUAAAGGACUGGAUAGAGAAAAUAGUCGAAGGUAUAUAAUGAAGUGUAUACACUCUUGACACGAACAAUGGCCACAGGAUUAACACUAAUUGCGCUUCUACACAGCAGCUGAGUAACUCGGGGAAAGACGUGGUACAUUUGCCUUGAUACGAGGUCAUCUUAUUUGUGCACUUUAAAAUAGUGCCAUCAUGUUGCGCGUGCUCGCAUGACCUUUACCCUAGGAAUAUAAUAUUAGCCUUUCCUCGGUAAUACUACAAAUAUCAACAAUGAUUUCCUUUUCCCUCCAGAAGGACAAGAGAAUUUCCAAAUCUAUUUCACUAUAUCUAGCAUUUCCAUAAAAGUCAUACAGUAAGAUUACUAGCCUUAAUAAAAAUCACAA